AUGUCUUCUGAUAAUCGAACGAAUCAAGGUACUCAAGAUGAGUCCACGAUCCAAACUGCCAUUGGAGAUGUUCAAAGUCCUUCUCUGCAAAUUUCUGCUUCAAGAAAUCCUCUUGAAGAUCCAGCAAACCCCUACUAUCUUCACCAUGGAGACAAUCCAGGACACACAUUGGUCUCACAACCUCUCACGGGACAGGACAAUUAUGUGGCUUGGAGCAAGGCUAUGCAGCUCGCAAUUUCAGUCAAGAACAAGAUCGGCUUCUUGGACGGUUCAAUCCCUAAACCUUCACCUUCUGAUCUAAUUCUUUACAAUGCUUGGAUAGGAAACAAUAAUAUUGUUAUAUCAUGGAUUUUGAAUUCUGUUUCUAAGGAAAUUUCAUCUAGUAUCCUCUAUGAUGAAUCGACAUCUACUAUUUGGAACGAUCUUAAGAUCCGUUUCCAUCAAAGAAAUGGACCUCAUGUAUACAAUCUUAGAAAAGAUUUGAUGAACCUUAGACAGGAUAAUCAAACAGUAAGUAUGUACUUUACUAGGCUUAAAACUAUAUGGGAAGAAUUGACCAAUUUCAGGCCAUCUUGCACCUGCAAUGGGUGUACUUGUGGAGGGGUCAAAAGACUCCAAGAUCAUUAUCAUAUGGAACACAUUAUGUCUUUUUUAAUGGUUCUUUCUGAUUCUUAUUCCCAAGUUCGUGGCAGCAUACUUCUUAUGGAUCCUUUACCAGAAAUAAGCUGA